AUGAAAUCUGUUCCAUACGUAUGUUAUGGUAAUUGUUUGUACAUUGAGUCUAAAAUAGCUAAUGUCACAGGCAUUUCAGGAGUUAAUAGUAAAGGUUCAGUAGAAUAUAAAUCCUUCUGUUAUGCAGUCAAUUCAAUGUUCAUUCCAAACGUUCCUGUCAUAGCAACUCAUUUAGGUAAAUGGGUUCGCAUUAGUCCUCAUAAUUUGAAAGACAUGCAAUUCAGACUUGUUGACUUUCAAGGAGAGCCUGUAGAACUGAAGGCGCCAGUGCGAAUGACUGUUGAAGUUGACUUUUUAGAAAAUAUUAAAUGCAACAGCUUACAAGAGAACUCAGAGCUAAAAAUAUAA